AUGACCGAAGAGCUGCAUAUGCCGGCAAAAACGACAACUCAGGCCACGACACAACAAACAACACCCUACCAGGAGCCCUACGAGGAGACCUAUGAUGAUGAGACGAACGCCCCGGAAACUCCGGCCCCAACCACGGCCGCUCCCGCGAAGCACACCUAUGGACCCCGGCCGAAGCCGACGUGCCCGCCCCCGGAAGAGGCACCA